AUGCAGGAAACCGACACCACCGCCGACCUCGCACACAACGCAGCCGACGUUGACACGGGAAGGGCUGAGACGACCUUGACGGCAAAAGGGCCCGCAGCACCCGAAGCCGCUGCUUCCGACCCAGUCCAGGGUAACGAGAGGAAUUCGCCAAACGGUGUUUCACAGAAGGAAAAGAAUGUGGAGAACAACGGCUUAAAGGAUCGUGCGGGCGUGGAGGCGGAGCGAACGCAGCAUGCGGCGACCGCAACCCACGGGCAUGACGCCAAUGGGAGUAAUAAAAGAAUUGGCGACCCUGCGAAAACUCCCCAACGGCGGGAGAUUUCAACCGCUGUUCCGUACCCGUCAAGGCAUCAACGUCCAAACAUGUUGACCGGCGCCGCCAGCUAUUGGCAGGCGGCGGAGAGGGAUCGCACCAUUGGGGUGGGCACGGUCGGCCUCUUUGAGAACCGGCAGGACGAUAAGCCUCCGCCCGACGGGGCCUCAGCGCGCAUCAACGGCACCCUCGUGGUGGGGCCGCUGGGGUACGUGCGUAAAAUGAACGACUACAUAAAUUGGAGGGAGAAGCACAGUCAUCUUUUUUCCGCCCUGAGAGUGCAGGAUCCGAAGGAGCGGGUGCUCGCUCGACAGCGCCAGCUUCAUGCGAAGGCGAGGCAGCAGGAAGAAGCAGAGGGCGAAUACGCUUCAGCCGUCAAGCGUCUGCGUCAGCGCGGGUGGUCGGUGCUGGGUAGCGCUCCACGUCGGGUGGAUAAUGCGCGGCUGAAAAGAAUCAGGUCCGAACGUGAAGCCUUUCGUAUAGAGUGUGAAGAGAGCACGUUGCGCAAGCUCCGGGAGGCUUCAAAGCAGCGAGAGAUUAUCUCAGAGCAGCUCGCCAUGUCUAAGGAGGAGAGGUUGCGUCAGGAGAAUCUUGUGCGGGAUGCCUCACGACUUGAACGCGAGAUGCAGAGCACCAGACGAGAGGAGCACUCAGCACACAUCAAGGAACAGGCUUCCAAGACGCGGGCAGAGCGUGAGGCGAAGCGGGAGUGUUUUCGCGAGUAUGCCGCCAUGGAGGACAGCUACCGGCAGAACCAACUGAGCGCGUUGCGCGAACGCGUCCUUGCGAAAGCAUACACAAACGGCUUUGCCUCAACCUUCUCAAGUGACGUGCGUGGAGCUGGCAUUGAGUACCCGCCGGGGGACUGGCGCAGCACCUUCCAAAGUCCGCUGCGCAGGUUGCCCAACGCGAGCGACGACGACUUUCGAAGGCAGUGGAUGGCCGAGCUUCAGCAGGAGCGGAGGGCGUUAGCGCGGGCCGAGGUGGAGAUGGAGCGGGCCAAACGUUUGCAGGUCUCAGCUCGGCGAGAGUUCGCAUAUCGCGGCAACUGUGAGCGUGCAGGCGUCAUUCGCCGCGAGCGGGAAACACUGCGGGAGAGGAAACAACAGCUGGAUGAGGAGGUCGAGCGUUUGCACAAGGCGUUGCGGCAGCAGGAAGCUGAGGGGCAGAAGCGACGCGAGGACGCUAUCCAUUCCCUGCGCGAGUUGAGGCGGUUGCAUGCUUCGCGUCUGCGGCAGGCCAUAGAGGAGGAGGAGCUGUUGGCCCAGACGGCCGAGGGUGCAGACCUGCAGCGACUGCGGGAACGCGCGGCACAGAUGAGGAUGGGCAUGUCCCCCUCUCCGCUGCGCGCGCAGCGGCCGCCCCCUCCGCCCUUAGAGGGGGAGUUUCUGGAUGGCUAA